UGCUGCGGCGUUUUACAAGGUGGAUCAAACUGACUAAAUGUCGGAGCCGAACGGCGCUCGGUACUACAACUUCCUCGGCAGCGUCGACGUCCCGCCUCCGGCCUUUCGAGCCGCCCAGCGGACCUUCCCCUGCGCCUACUGCCCCCGCCGGUUCACCACCUCGCAGGCGCUCGGCGGCCACCAGAACGCCCACAAGAAGGAACGAGCGGCUGCUGCUGCUGCAGCAGCCGCCGCCGCCGCCGCAGCCCGUAAGCCUCCAGUGCCACCACCCUCCCCCGCACCCGCCGCAGCAGCUCCCGUCCAGAUGUCUACGCCGCCUUCCCAACUUCCACUUCCGGCCGUGCUUCUCCACCCGGCGCUCUCUAGCAGCGUCGGAGGUGGAUUCGCCUGCUUCUACGGCGCCGCCGUUGCAACCGGCGGCGCUGGGGCUGCGGACUCGUCGUCGACCGCCGGCGCCGCUUCCGACCUCGACCUCUCGCUGCACCUUUGAAUCAAAUCUCAUAGUCAACACAUACAUACUAAUAUUUAUACGGAUGGAUAUCGAAAAAGCUUACUAGAUAGCAAUGCGCGCAUGCGGGGAAUGAAUCGUCGAGCAAGGUUAGCGACUCCCUUGUGUUCUUCUUCUUAUUCGUAGUUUCUUCCUCUUCUUGAGAAUUACAGGAACCAGGUUAACCACUUCAACUUGAUUUCUCGGCAUCAAAUUUGGACCAAAGUUUGAGUUUGCUUUCUCUGAAUUGUUUUAUUUUGUGGUUUUCAUUAUCUUGUGAAAAAUCGGAUGGCAACUGCUCAGAAAACCUCUGAUUUCUUC